AACGGGUCACGUGACGAGCAGCGCCGCUCAUUGCUAUGGAACGUCUCCACAGAACACUCUGUUCCCGGAGGGAUCUCUCCAACCAUGCACACCGGAAGUGAUGUACCUUUAGUUACCUUGGAGACUAAACCGCUACUUUAUCCUGAUAAUCAUGGCGGAGGAUUCGUUAAAGACGGUCCCAACAGAUCCUUCACACAAACCUCGUGUUAAAAAAGCUCCAGAACUCCCUAUCCUAGAAAGACGAAACUGGGUUAUCCACCUACACUAUGUCCGGAAGGAUUAUGAGGCCUGCAAGGUUGCGAUUAAAGAGCAACUGCAGGCAACAGAGGGCGUGUGUGAAUAUGCUGUUUAUGUACAAGCACUGAUCCUUAGAUUGGAAGGGAAGAUCCAGGAGUCCCUUGAACUUUUCCAGACUUGUUCAAUAUUGAAUCCGACCAGUCAGGAUAACCUGAAACAAGUAGCCCGAUCCCUGUUCUUACUUGGGAAGCACAGAGCAGCAGUUGAAGUGUAUAAUGAGGCGGCAAGGCUCAAUAAUAAGGACUGGGAGAUAUGCCACAAUUUGGGAGUAUGUUACCUAUAUUUGAAAGACUUUGCCAAGAGUAAGGAGCAGCUGAAUCUUGCCCUACAAUUGCACAGACAAGAGCUCAGUUCAAUGGUCCUUGGAAAGAUCCAAUUAAUGGAGGGAGAUACAGACAAUGCUAUUCAGACCUAUUUGCAGGCACUGCAUUUAUCUCCAGAAAGCACAGAGCUGUUAACCACAUUAGGGCUGCUGUAUUUACAGAACAGUUUGUAUCAGAAAGCAUUUGAAUAUCUUGGGAAUGCUUUGACAUAUGACCCCACCAACUAUAAGGGCAUUUUAGCAGCUGGCUGUAUGAUGCAGUCCCAUGGCGAUUAUGAUGUGGCUCUUAGCAAGUAUCGUGUAGCUGCUGCCAGUGUCCCAGAGAGCUCCCCCUUGUGGAACAAUAUUGGCAUGUGUUUUUAUGGCAAGAAGAAGUAUGUGGCGGCCAUCAGCUGUCUAAAGCGUGCACUUUACUUUUCUCCAUUUGAUUGGCGAGUGCUCUAUAACCUGGGGCUGGUUCAUCUCAGCAUGCAGCAAUAUACCUCAGCCUUUCACUUCCUUAGUGCAGCUAUAUCCCUACAUCAUGGGAAUGCUACACUUUACAUGCUGUUGGCAGUGGCACUCACAUAUCUGGAUGAUACAGAGAAUGCCAAGAACUCGUAUCAGCAGGCUGCCGGUCUGGAUCAGACAGACCCUCUGGUAAAUCUGAACUUUGCAGUUUUGCUAUACAAUCAAGGAGAUAAGAAGGGGUCACUGAGUCAAUACCAGGAACUAGAGCGCAAAGUCAACAGUUUGAGAGAUACUGGGACAGAGUUUGAUCCAGAGAUGGUGGACAUGGCUCAGAAGUUAGGGGCAGCCCUGCAGGUUGGUGAAAGUCUUGUGUGGACGAAACAGACUAAAGACCAAAAAGCUAAGCAGAAAGCAGCAGUGAAAGGACCAGGAACAGAACAGACUCCACUGGGGUCAAAUCAGGCUCUGGGAAGAGCAAUGUCUUCUGCUGCUGGAUACAGUAAGGCUGCCCUUCCAGCAGGAUCCAUGGCACCCGUCUCCAAACCUCCAUCCCUACCCCUGGAGCCCGAGGACCCUACAAGCUCAGGUUCGGCAACAGACUUCAAGAGGGGUGCUAGCUAAUUGUAAUGUAUAUGUGAUUAUUCUGCUUGAAUAGAUUUAUUUAAAAAAGAUCUCUAUGCUUUUAUAAAGACAAAGCUGAGCUUAAAUGAUUUUAGAUCUGUUACAAUGUUGAACAUAUGUACAGAUUACACUGCCUGUAUGGGAGGCAGAAAACUAUACAUUGUGUGUAUAUAUGAACGCAAUAAGGCAUUUAGAUGGUAUUUAUGUCAUUUUGUAAACCUCUUUAAAACAGGCCUUCCAUGCCAAAUGCUUUUUCUGCAGCCCCCAGCCAUUAGUAAACUGUAAAAAAAAUAUACACACACGUGAUGUCAGAUCUGGGGGAUCCAAAUCCUGCAAUAGUGCACCCAAGCCCAUUCCAAGAGUGCAUUCUAAUAGGAAUUUGAGCUCUCAGCUCUGCCAGAUAGUGACAUCACCAGUGCUUCAUGGAGGCCAAUAAAAGUGUUUUUUUUUUU